CUGUCUCCUCAUUAUCCUUCUUUUUUUACAACUUCGAGGCGCUCAACAAAAGGAAAAGAAAAUAUGCCAUCGUGGAGUGAAAUCUUCUUUGUUGCGUUUGUGUUUGCAACAGGAUAUAUCAUUGGCUAUUUCGAGCUGCUGAAGAUUGUUGUUGUCAAAGAGGGACGCAAAAAGAAACCUUCACAUGGAACUCCCGGUAGAAGCGACCAUAGAAUUGAACAGAGACGUCGAGACGACAGUUUGUUCCAAGAAAUGGGAGGGUCAAACGUUGAAGGGAUAUAAGAAGAGAGGAUAUAUGUAAUGUGUUCUAAUGAUGAUAAGAGAUUAAUUUUCUGUUGUAUGUUAAUGUAUUGGGUGAUUUGUAAUGUGAUUUUGAUUCU